AAUCACGCCCUUUUUUUUCUUCUCUCUUUUCACUUUUCACUUUUCCUUUUCCUUUUUCUCGGUGGGCUGAGCGAGCGAGGGCAAGCACCUUUUGGGCUUCCGUCAUUUGUAUUACAAACCUUCCCGCCUUUACGUCUCGUUCUCCUACAAUACUCGAGCACUCGAACUGCAAAAGUGAGUGGCAUCGGGUGUUGGGUGCAGCUGGGUUUGUGCUUUUUCAGAAAUCGUUCCGACCAUUCUCCUCCCAACCAACCAAAACGCGGGACAGAUACACACCUGCGCUUGCCUACAUCACCCAUCAGCCUACCGGCCGCCUUCUUCCCAGCUUUUGACGACGCUCGGUCGGCUGCCUGCUCGCUCGCCGCUCGCCCGCCCGCUUGGAAACCGCUAUCGGCUAUCGAACCCCACCUCCCCCCGAGCGUUAUCUGAGGCUAUUAUUCACCCCGCACAGUAAUGGAUCUCCUAUCCGGCCUGCGCAAGGGCGAUUCCUCGCGUGGCGGUCGGGCUGAGUUUAAAUGGGAGGAUGUUAAGGAGGAUAAGGAUCGUGAGAACUAUCUGGGGCAUUCUCUUAUGGCCCGUGUGUAACCCUCUCUCCCCAUCCCUUUCCACCGCUUGUCCCUUCCUCCCCGCCCUCGCCAUAACUUCUCCUAUCAAUGCUAUAUAUCUAUCUGCACCGCUCCCCCCACUUUUUUUUUCUUGCCAUUCUCUACUCGACUGACCAGCCAACCGAUUGAUUUUUAGCUGUUGGCCGAUGGCAGAAAAACAAAGACCUGACAUGGUACGCCAAAUCCGGGGCUGGUGAGAUGUCAGCCGAGGAAGCUCGAAAGGAGGAGAUCCGGAAGAUCAAGGAGGCGGAACAGGAUGCUCUUAGCGAAGCCUUAGGAUUCAAGCCUGUCAGGAGACCUAUGGAUCCAGUUGACCAGGAUGAGGUUAAGAGGGCCAUUAAGGCGUCCGGGGAUGACAAUGAGGAGGGUGGGGGAGUUGGCUUUGGGAAGAGAACUGGAAGGAGCAUUCCCGAUGGUACGUCUGGGGGAAGGGGUGAGGGAGAUGGUGUGAAAAGAGAGUUUAAGCCCACGGAGAAGGAGAGGUGGAGAGAGCGUAGUGAUAGAUGGGAGCGUAGCAGAAGCAGGGGUAGGGAUGAUAGGGAUAGACGUAGACACCGGGACAGAGACAGGGGGGGAGUGAGGGAAAGGCGGCAAAGAAGCAGGUCUAGGAGUCGAGAUAGGCACCGGCAUAGAAGGGACCAUGAGGAUAGGGACGGGCGGAGAAGGAGAAGCAGGUCGAGAACACCCAGAAGAGAUGAUAGAGGUCAUUCCCGGAGAUGAAGGACGCCUUGCCGUCAUGUUCUUAUUACUGUAGUUCUACGAGUGCGGCCGAUAAAUAUAUUCGUCACGUGUCUUAUCUAAGGACGAAUCGCAGCCAAAAGGUGCACCAAAACUUUCUUAUCAGACUCACGUGACGAAUAUAUCUAUCGGCCGCACUCGUAGAAGCACAACGCACCCCUAUCACGUCCUUGUCGAGAGUGCCUCCGCGGGCCUAGUGUUUGGUGAGGACUUCGGCUGGAUUUGGGCUGGCGGAGUCAUUCUUGGCAGACUUGUGGGGCAGUGGUGGAUUUAAAGGAUUCAUAUGGUACUCUUCUUUCACUGUCUGUCUACCAUUGUCACACGAGCCGGGCAGCAGAGGUAUGAUAACAAAUCAUAAGAAUUCAUAGUGUAAUUCGUCUAAUAAUAAUAAAAACCCUAUACCCACCC